AGAGACGUCAGUUUAAAUUCUGAAGGAAACCCCUGAGCCUGCACUUGAGACGACUGCGUUCAACCCGGGUACACCAGUGUUUAAUCGUCCUGUAAUGUGGCUAUACAUUUUAAUUGUUUAGUUUAUCAAGUGUUUACAUUAUGGAUGACGCUUUCCAGUAUCCCGUUUUCUUCGAGUGUCCUAAUCUGGACGGAGAAAGUAAAAAGAGGGCAGAACUUUACUUUCGAAAUCGUCGCAAAUCAGGAGGUGGUGAAUGCGGUUCGAUAACAAACCAAGAAAAUAAAGUGUACCGAAUUGCGUUUAAUGACAGAGCAGAUCAGCAAAGAGUCCUGCAGAAAUCUAAACAUGAAGUAAAGUUUGCAGAUGUUCAUCUUGUGCUGAAUGUGCGAGAAAGACCCACCUGCUCACCCAUCACUACCCCAACUACAAGCAAGUUAGUUAGCCUAAAACUGGACUCACCUUCAUCGCAGGAGCCGCCUGAAGAAUAUGAACUACAACCUGACACUUACCUUUUACAAUACCUGAAGGAAUGCCCAAAGGCUUGGGAAGGACUGGAGAUAGAACUAGUCUCUUUGGCUUGCUCUGCUCAGCUGUACCCAGAGGAAGGGAGGGUUUUAGUUAGCUGUUUUACUCAACCUGGUGCUGCAGAUUAUGUUGGAGAUUGGAGAGCAGAGGUUGACCAACUCUUUGAUGGUUACCUGUGCCACUGUGAGGUGGACCCUCACAAAGUUGUAGCUUUGCUUGAGUCCAGGAACUCUCUUCAGACCACCAAUGACGUUAAGGUCUACAGCGAGAAUGGGAUGGCUGUUGUUGUUGGGCAGCGUUCUCAGGUGAACGCCAAGUUGAUGGAUGUAGAAGCCUUGCUUGGUAAACAAAGGCCACGGUUACUUGAGAGGCAAACUUGCAUUUGUCGACUGGGCGAGGCUAAGCUCCGCCUCCUCUGGAAAGAGAUUGAGCACACUUUGCAAAAAGACUUUCCAGGAGUGAAGGUCACGCAGGGAGCUCCAGGUCAGUUGCAUUUGGAAGGUUCUGUCGAGGAUAUUCUUAAAGCUAAAGAUCGGAUCUCUGAUCAGGAGAAGUUGGUAUUCGAAAGGACAGUUUCUGACAUGAGCCCACAUUUUCUUUCCUUCUUGAGAAAUGUAUACAGAGGUCCAGGGGUGCUUGGACAAUUCUUAGGGUUUAGUGACAAUGCCGAAGUAGAGUUACGGGAAACGGAGCUGCGUUUCUUCAGUCUCUCUGCUGAUAAAUUGAAUGAUAUCCAACAAAAACUACAGGAAAAAUUCAAGGAAGUCAAGAUUGAUGUUCCUAACUGCUCCGCUGUGCCAUCUGAGCUUCAGGAAAAGCUAAAGUCCGAGACAAAGGAGAUGAACCAAGGGCAAUACAGGUCCAAGGUUGUGUUUGGCGCAGACAGCAGUGUGUUCUUACUUGGGCACACCAAAGAGGUUGAAGAGCUAAAUGAAGUUGUCAUACAGUUUAUUUUGGAUCAUGCUAGCAUAGAGGGCAAAGUCAAUCUCCCUUACCCAGAGUUAGCGCUUGAGUUACCUGAAUUGUUGCAGCUGCAUGGUUUUGAUUAUUCAGGGGUUACCUUCUGUCCUUUAAUAUCUUCCUCUCGGCCCACAAUAUUGCUGGAAGGUCCAUCUGGCAAAGUGACUGAUGUUAGGAAUAGGCUCGCUACAUUUUUGGACUCCCUUGAUAAGGGCAGAGUCAUCAUUGAAUUGCCAGGGGCAGUGCGGUAUAUUGAAAGCAGCUCUGGAAGGGACAACAUUUUAAGAUAUGCUCAUUCUCAGAAGUGUCUCGUACAGCUCCAAGAACAAGCUUACGCUACUAGACAGAUUUUUGCAUCUGAUGCAGGCGCAGGUCAAGUAAACACAACAGUUGCUAGCUACAGCCUUCGUGACGGGCUCCAGGUGCUUGUGUGCCAGGGUGACAUCUCCAAACAGGAAGCUGAUGCCCUGGUGAACGCUGCCAACGAAGAUCUGGACCAUAGUGGAGGGGUCGCUGCAGCACUGUCUAAAGCAGGUGGCCCUCAGGUGCAGAAGGAAAGCAGAGCUUUAGUAAAGCAGACUGGGAAAAUUCCCACUGGUGACGCGGUAGUGACCACAGGGGGGAACUUAAACUGCAAGAGUCUGGUUCAUGCUGUUGGGCCUGUAAGUGGAAAAGCUGGUGGACAAGAAAGGGUGUUACUGGAAAAAACUGUCAAGUCUGCUUUGAAUUUAGCAGAGAUGAUGGAGUUCAGAUCUAUAGCUAUGCCCUGUAUCAGCUCAGGUUUAUUUGGUGUACCUGUGACUGUGUGCUCUGAGGCUAUUGUAACUGCUGUAAAGGAGUUUUGCAGCCAGGGAGGGCGAAGCCUUAGAAGAAUCAUCCUGAUUGAUAACAGAGGAGAGGUGGUGAGGUCCAUGAAGGAUGCAUGUGAUCGGCUUCUCCAAGGAACAAGUACCGGAAACAGGGCACCAAGUGAUCUGGGGUUUCAUAUGGAUGCUUCUGCCCAAUCCGCAGCAAGAGGAGCCACUGCUGGAGCUCCUGGAGGGGGUGUCCAUGUAGAGAUCAUUCAGGGAUCUAUCGAGAACCAGCAGGUGGAUGGCCUUGUGUCCCCCAUGGUUGGCCAUGAUCCUCUCUCUUCCCGUGUUGGAAACCUUUUGUCCAACAUGGUAGGACCUCAGCUGACUGAAACGUUUUAUAACGAAGCAGGCGGAGCUACAAUUCCUGGUGAAAUAAUCCUGGUGGAGGGCUUGCCUGCACUUCAAUCUAGAGGAGUGUUCUUCAUCAACCUCACUCCCUGGGAUAAUAACCAACAGGGAACUGCUGUCCAGGUCUUGAGAAAUGGCAUCAGAAGAAUUCUGGCUUCCUGUCAGAUCCGUGGCUACAGUUCAGUUGCUCUCCCUGUGCUGGGGGUCGGUGCUGCUCUACGUUUCCCUCACAGCGUGGCAGCGAGGGUUAUAAUGGAGGAAGUCCGUCAAUUUGAACAUAACCGAAUCACUGGAACAUCUUUCGUAGUCCGUAUUAUCGUCCAAUCCACCCAAUCGAGCAAGGCCUUCCAGUCUUGCCAGGACACCAUGCAUCUCAGAGGGUUCACAAACGAUGCUGACCCAGACCAAGCUUCCUUUUAUCGCCAUAUCUCCGCAACUAACGAUGAGGUCACAGCCAUGUUGGGUGGUAUCAAGCUUCAGAUGGCCGUUGGUGACAUCACUAAGGAGAACACUGAUGUCAUUGUCAACACAACUGACUUCUCCAACAACCAAUCUGGUGUGUCUAAAGCCAUUCUGACUGCAGCGGGGCCCAGUGUCCAUACACAAUUGGCACAAGUGGGAACUCCUGCAGACUUCAUGUGUACUACAGGACCUGGGGGGCUUGCCUGCAAGGAAAUCAUACAUGCUAGUUUCAAGAGUGACCAUGAAGUGAUUCGUAAGAAUUGCAAAAAGAUACUGAAGCAGUGUGAGAGCAAAGGCUACAGCUCAGUGUCCUUCCCUGCUGUUAACACUGGUGCAGCUAAUAUGGACUUGACCAAAGCAUGUAAAGCGUUGCUGGAUGGCAUGACCUCAGCUAUUAUGGACUUGAAACCAAGUUGCCUCAAACUUAUCCGCAUUGUCAUCUUCCAGAAAUCGGUCUUUCAGGCUUUCAGAUCAGAGCUGGAGAACCGCUUUGGACAAACAGCCACUCGCCACCUAAGCCUAAGAGAAAAAGCUAAACAAAUGCACAAGAAGUGGCAGGAGACAAGAACAAGGACCACUGCAACACUUCAAGGCAAAAUCUUCGCAUCCUCAAAGCCACCUCCAGCUGUGAUAAGUGUGAUUGGUUGUGGUCCGGACAUCAUCAGGACCAUGACGAGAGAUUUGGAGGGGAUCCUGCAGAAUCAGCUGUUGGAGAAAGACGUGGAUGUGGAGGAUUUCUCCAGGCUUGAUGACAUGGAGCGGGAAGCAGUGCAGGCAAAGCUCAAAGUCUUAGGAGUGAGCCUGGAAUACAAGAAACGUCAAAGUUCUGAAGGUCGGAAUGGGAACAGAGCAAAAAACGCAGCCAGAGCUGAAGCUAGAGAUCGUUCAGGGUCAGGAACAGAGGUCUAUGUGCUGAAAGGCCUGAAAGAGGACGUGUUGACCAUCAUCGAGCUUAUAAACAAAGCAAUCAGAAAAGCACUUAGCGAAGACAUCGAAGAAAAUAAUGAAGCAAUGUUAGCUCUCGAUGUCCAGUGGUCAAUUCAGGAUACAAAUAAAGUCUGGUGCGAGCUGAGCCUGCACGACAACUACAUUCUGGAGGAGGCUCACAAGAAGAAACAAGUUUUUGUAGACAUCACCUCACCAGACAGAAUAAAGGUGUCCGUGAACCUGAAGGAAAAUAAAGCCACUAACCAGCUUACAGGCAUCACCUUCGAAGUGAAAAGGAACGAGUCUGACACAACCUUGGAGUUUCCGGCACAUUGGGAACCUAUGCAUGAAGGAUCCUUUACAAAGGUGGAGCUGCAGCCUACGUCUUCAGAGUACAUGAAUAUAGCGCAGGGCUUCCUCCAAACGGCUAAAUACAACAUUCACAAAAUUGAACGAGUGCAAAACCCCUUCCUGUGGUAUGGCUAUACUGUGCUCAAGAAGCGUUUAUUAGCCACGAAUGACACAGCUGGGGAUGGGGAGAAAUUUCUCUACCAUGGCACAUCAGCAGACUCUUGCAACUGCAUUGAAAAGGGCAAAUUUGACAGGAACUUUGCAGGAGCACAUGGGAUGUCACCGUUCACGCUCUUGAUUUAUCUGGAAAACUUUACGCCUCAAAAGGAAUUGAACGCAAAUAAAGCACAGCUGCUGUAUAUGGAAAGGGAGUGUACUUUGCAGUCACUGCGGCGUAUUCGGCUGAUAGGUUUUCCCCGGCAGACGCGUCAGGCAUGAAGAGGCUGUACGUGGCUCGAGUCCUGACCGGUCGCUACACAGUCGGCCAUUCUGAUCUGAAAGCCCCCCCUCCUCGAGGCUCAGACAAAACUGACUGCUUCGACAGUUGUGUGGACAACCAGCAGAACCCCUCCAUGUUCGUGAUCUUCCACGAUAACCAGGCCUACCCAGAACACCUUAUCACCUUCAGCUGAGUGUAACUAAAACAAAUGGUUUGUUACACUUUGGAAUGUACCAUAAAGAUUAUAGAUAUUUUUUUCGUGAGCUGAUUUGGAAUAGAGAAGCACUUUUAAAUAACUAAAACAAUCAGAUGUUGUGACAAAUAGAAGAGAUGCCAUUUAACACAUCCUCCAUGUGUAUUCAACAGCAUUGUAUUGAAGGACAAAGCUUUAACACUUGAAAUUAUACGUUAAUUUGGGAGAUCCUUUAAUUAAACCUAAUAUCUUCCAAAGCUGAACACUGUAUGUGCCAUACAGUAAAAUGUGAUGCUAGUGUGAUUCUACUUAAAUGUUUUGUAUGCAAUAACUUCAAUCAUGCAACGAUUGUUAUUUUAAGGGUUAUUAUACUUUUAUUUAUUUCAUUUUAAGUAUUUAUUUUGGUUUUAUUUCCUUUUUAAAUUGCCUUUAAACAUUAUGUAUUUAGUUAAGGUAACAGGUUCAACAUUAUGCAUAUUGAAUUGAAUUUUUUUUUUAUUUUCAAUGUUUUUCCAAUAAAUUCACUUGAAUGGUCCAUUUGAGAGACGGUGCACCAUCCUCAACAAUGAAAAUAAAAAAAUAUGAUAUAUUGAUUGAUGUUGUACAUUAUGAUUCAAAGGUAUCGAGAAAUAUUAGCAAUCGUGUCAUUUAGAAAUCACGAACGAGUACAGAAUAUAACCAUUUUAACAUGACAUACCUUCCACAACAAAUAUUCAAACAGUUAAAAAGCUAUUUUUUUAAUUCAUGAAAUUAUACAAAUGCAAGUCUUAUCAAUUCCAAUGUGUUCCAACACGAAUCAGGUUAGAAACAACGAUUGUAUUCUCAUUUUUAAUUAACAAACAACAUCAAGUGUUAAGCUAAAGUCACAGCCUUUUUUCACCUUAUUAAACGUUUGAUCUGAUAAAAAA